AUGUUUUCGAUUUUGUUGAAGGACGAGCAUAGCAAAAGAAAACGCAUCUUUGCUGACAGAUAUGCCAUGACCAAUAUUAUGAAAGAAAAACCAAUGGCCGUCAUCCACGACCGGGCCACGACGUUUGUAUCCAAGUGCGUUGAGGCUGGCCAAAAGAGUGUGGAUGUCUACUCUUUGCUUCACUGCUAUGCUCUCGACUGCGUUACUCAUUUCAUGUUCAGCCCCGGCGGCCUCAGGUCUCUCGAAGUAGCUAAGGACUUCGACAUCAUGCACGAACUAACCUAUCAUCAAAGUCUCCAAAGUAUGCCCUACUUCUUGUUCUCUACUACCGCACUAGAAACUAAAAGAGAGGCAGAAAAUCUCUUGGAGUACUAUCUCCCGGAAUUAGCACCCUAUUUCCCCAAAUUCCUCCAUGCACGCAGCGCCCCAAAAGCAAACCGAUACGUGAUAGACAUGGCCCGCCAAGUCGGGCUCGAUGGCCACUCCCUAAUGGAAAAACUCAAACGCCAAGAAUCCAACCUGGAAGUAAUGCAAGCCGCCGCAGAAUGCAAUGACCACAUGGCAGCCGGCAUCGACACAACGGGCGAUGGUCUGUGUUUCUUGAUGUGGGAGCUCUCACGGCCUCAGAACCUCUGUUUCCAGCACAAACUUUACAAAGAGCUUAGCGCUGCGCCGGCCGAUGCACCUUUGGACAGCUAUGUGUAUCUCGACGCUGUCAUUAAAGAAGCACUGCGGUGUGCGCCGCCUAUUCCGAUGUCACUGCCUCGGUAUGUACCUGCUGGGGGAAGGGUGAUCGAUGGGUUUAUCAUUCCGGGGCAUACUAUUGUUAGCUGUCAGCCGUAUUCAGUGCAUCGGAUUAACGAGAGUGUCUUCCCUGAGCCUGAUCGGUUCAAUCCUGAUCGGUGGCUCGUUGAGGACGGGGCUGCUGAGCGGAAUCGGCUGUUCUUUUCCUUUGCUACAGGUGGAAGGGGGUGUGUUGGGAAAAAUCUUGCGCUUGUUGAGAUGAAGAUGCUGCUUCGGGAAGUGUAUUCGCGUUAUCAGACGACGGUGGCAUCGGAUAUGACAGCUUCGAUGAGGCUGGAUGAUCAGAUCAUCUCUUCGAGGCCGAAGGGACAGAGUUGCAAGCUGGAUUUUGUGGCCAUAGAGUGA